UGGGAGGAAGGGGAGGGCGCAUGGCUUUUCCAGGCAGGUGUCAAGACUUCUGCCUAUGGCAUCGGUAAUGCCCGUAAAAGGUACUUACCUUCCUACAAAAGGUUUCAACUUAAAUGACCAUGUUCUGCCUUCACCCUUGGCGAUAUAUACUAGUCCAGUAAAUGUCAAUGACCCAGAACGAACAACCUGCGAAACACACUCGAAAACAAUCUCCACGAAUGCCAGCUGGACGUAAGCGCACUCUUUUCACUUGGUCGUCUCUGACCAUCCCGUUUCUAUUGUCUCUACCGAGCCUUGUGCAGACAGAAGUCAUGCAUAGCCUCAGCUCAUCUUUCACGAUCGAGGUCGGUGGCAAACCGAUUGCCAGCGUCGGCGAAGGUACUGCAGACAAAACCCAGGCCAAGGUGGGCACCGAAGGAGCUCUCUUCACACUCAAAGACGGCCGUCUCCAAAGUGGAGACUGGAUUCUCGGUCGAAAUAUAACCGAAGACCGCAGUCUUCUUCCCAAGCAACUUCUCUGGUUCAAGUCGACCGAGGAGAGCAACAAGCAAGUCCAGCCCGUUGCGAUCCAACAGGAAGGAGAUUCAUUCCAGAUCACAUUUGCAAAUGCUCCUCUCGUAGUCGAGGAAGACCACGUCUUCGCAGACAUUCAAUCAGAGGAUCAUUCAAACGUAGCGGUGAAGAUUCAACAGUAAAGCCAAUGGAAUACGUUCAAAGUAUUGUACUAGUUAGUCCUGUUUAGCUUAGAAUUGCAUGAUCACUCGGUAUGAUUAACUACCUCAACCCGAGAGGGCCACGAUAUCAUCCUCAAAUAAUUUGCGCAGCUCGUGACUUUCCCUGCUCGUUGACUGCCCGAUUUGAACAUCAUCGCAAUAUCAAUCUUCGCU